GUUUCUCGAUACGGGCAUAUGGCGCUGCGCUGGAUACGGGGAAAAACGGCGGUUACUGGUCGGCAGCUCCGGUUAACCUCAUCCUGGCCGAACACGCAGCACUCCUGCUUUGGUUAAACCUGUCUAUGGAUGAGCUUUAUGAGGAAUCUGUUACUGCAAACAACCUACUAGAGUGCCUCACUACAGUCUCUCUCGAGAGAGAGAGAGAGAAGGAAAAGUGGCGGUCCAGUGGAACAGCAGAGAGGUGGAUGCAAGUUGUCAAAAUAAGGAACAAGUGCUGUUCGUUACAAGGAGUGUGAGCAACAGGAAAAAAAGGAAGCAGUUCUGACUUGUUUUGUUUAUCAAACCAAUGAUGUGUUCGGAGGAGCAUUUCUCAGCUAAGCUGGCUGUGUCUGGACAAUGACAGGAGAGACCAUGAGGCCUGAUCAGCACUGGACUACACUGAGUAGGUCCAUCUGGGCCGUCCUGUUCCUUACCUUAAAGGCUGACAAUGAAGACUGCACAACAGAACUACUAGUUCGCCGGAACACAAUUUAUGAAGCAUCUCUUGGACAACAACUCAGGAUCGAUUGCCCAGUUGUGUUCUGCAACUUUUCACCACCACCAGUCUCUUGGUAUAAAAUGGAGGAAACAUUUGUUCGCCUCCAUGUCAACAAUAAAAAUCACAUCACAGUAGGAUGGGAAAUAUGGAAUUCAUCGAGAGGGACAUCCUACUUGCUCUUUAAAAACGUUGUCAGAAAUGACUCAGGUAUUUAUCAGUGUAAAAGUGGAGGAAAUGUUGGUCAUGCCAUCAACAUCACUGUUAAUGGGUCGACUCAUGUUGCAAACAACAGUAACAACAGUCAAAAAUUGCCCAAUGGCAAAAACAAACAACCUGAAUCAGAUGCGAUUAUGAUGUAUGUGUACUCCGCUGCCGGGAUCGGUACAUUUGUCAUUAUAGUGAUUAUUAUAUCUGUGAUAUGCAUGCAAGGGUGCAAAGGGAAAUCAAGGAAAGAGAAACAAACAGAAAACCAGUACAUGGAGAUUCCCUUGGCUGAUCAAGCCAUCCCAAAUGCCCCUGGGCUCCAGCACUCCCCAAGAGGAAGCCCCCACCCACUGCCGCCACAGAGGCCCAGCAAGAGAAAAGAGCAGCCUGUGGAGCUGAUAAUAUCAAGGACACAGGACAGAAACAGACAGAGGAAUGCAACGCAGAUGGAGGAACCUAGCUUGGUUGUGUAUGCUGCUCUUAACCACGGACUGCAACCGAGGGAGGCUCCCCGGCCACAGGUGCAGAUAGAGGAAACAGAGUAUGCAGCUAUUCGUCUGGGUUAAAGACAGAAAGUCUGCUGGAUUAAAUCACACUAGAGGAACGAUGUUUGAUUCUGGAGUUUGUUCUCCAGAGGAGCACAGGACGGAUUCAUCGCAGCAGAAUUCUGGAAACAGACAACUUAAAUCAAGGCUUCCUUAACAUACUGGAUUUGCUUAAACAUAAAUCAUCAUCAGGACCAGCACACUAGAUGUGUGUGGUUUCUAUUGUGUGGAAAAUGUUCUAGCUGAAACCGAAUUCAUAGCAUCAACGUCACUGCAGAUAUUAUGGAGUAAGAAGCACGUUUCAUAUUCUUCAUGAGUGAAACCACAUGGAAAUCAAACUCAGAAUUAGCUUUCUUGGCCAAACUUGUGUGCACAAACAAGGAAUUUGACUUCGGUUUCCAUCGUUCACAUUGUAUAACAUCAAAGUGUUGAUACAAAGCGUUGAUUUUUGAUAUAUCAAAAAAUCGUUAUCAUUUUAGUAAUUGUUAAUCAAAAGGAAUUCAACACUUAUCUUAUUUUUUUCACCCUGCUUUUCAUUGUUAUAUACCUUCUUGUGCCCUUGGUGCUAAAGUACAAGAAGUACACCGCAAUGGUUGAAUGAAGAUCAGCCAGAGAUGAAUAAGUAGGUUAUCCCACCACUUCAGACACAAAAACAGAGUUUCCUGAAAACGUUUAAACAACCGCAACCGAGUUGAUGGAACUAGCUAACCCUAACCCCUUAGCUACACGUUAGCUAGGUGGUACCGCAGUAGAAUGAGGAGCUAAAUGAGCCACAAACUUUUAUUUUGUGAUAAUUUGUGACUUUCCUAACAAUUGUUUUAAUUUUGUUUUCCUACAUCAGUGGGUUAAGACCUAAAAAAAGAAAGUGUGCUAUUAGCAUGUAGCGACCACAAAGCUAAAAGACACCAAACAACACCAACAGGUUAAGACAUUUUUUAUUUGUAUUUCAGAAAUAGCCGAACAUCGUCAUAUAUUAGUUUCUUUUAUUGGAAAUGUUGACUCCUUCAAUUAUACAAGACCUGGCAGGCACAUUAGACAUUGGUCAAGUCACCCUUUCGAAUCACUUUUGCAGUUUUGAUUAUUUUGUACCUGAUUACUUUAGGUUUAAAAAGAUCUGUCUGCCACAGGAAGCUUCAUACCAACCAUGUGUCAAUUUGUACCCACCUUUCAGACAGUUCGUCAACCAGUGAUUUAAGUAAGCUGCAAUGACCUACUCAUUGCCUACUGUAAGGAUUAUGUCAUUUCAGUAAAUAAUACCUACUACUAGAGGUAAGCUCAAAAUUAUUCAUACCCCAGGCAGAUUUAGGUAUGAAGUAAUUAAUUUUACCAACAUGUUUCUUCUGACUGGAAGUAAUAUUAACGUUUUUGGAGUACUGGCUUGAAUGUGAUCGGAGUUUAAGAUUAGGGUGAUGGGAAGGAGGCCUUCAGCCUUAAAGGCUCAGAGCUCAUCAGCAGAAAUAAAUCUUUAGGAACCACUGAAAACAAACAGAUGAAUUGUCAGUCAGUCAUUUUCUACCGCUUAUUCCAAAGUGGGCCGCGGGGGAGCUGGUGCCUAUCUCCAGCAGUCUAUGGGCGAGAGGCAGGGUACACCCUGGA